AUGACCACCUCCCUACACGGCCAUCUCCCUACACGGCAACCUCCCUACACGGCCAUCUCCCUACACGGUCACCUCCCUACACGGCCAUCUCCCUACACGGCCACCUCCCUACACGGCCACCUCCCUUCACGGUCACCUCCCUACACGGUCACCUCCCUACAUGACCACCCCUCCCUACACGACCAACUCCCUACACGGCCACCUCCCUACACGGCCACCUCCCUUCACGGUCACCUCCCUACACGGUCACCUCCCUACAUGACCACCCCUCCCUACACGACCAACUCCCUACAUGACCACCCCUCCCUACACGGCCACCUCCCUACACGGCCACCUCCCUACAUGACCACCUCCCUACAUGACCCCCUCCCUACAUGA